CAAGAUCCAGAUAAUGAUUUGAGAUUUUUCGAGAUCUACGCGAUGAAGGGGUUUAGAUUUUACGUCUACUACGGCUCCUGGGAUAAACCUGAUGGUAGCGAUUUGGUUUGUCUUGGCACCGGACCCCACGUUUUCGAAGUGACAUCCAUCGCCGGCAAAGUAACGGGUACUGCCGACGGCGGCGACUUGACUAUGACGUCAUCACGUGUUCUGACACCUCUAAGGCAGCACUUCAUGAAGGACGCAACGAAUACAUGCCCCGUAUUGCUGGAAGAGCACUUAACUUACAGCGGAGCUGGCGCCGCCAAGGUGUUCGAUUACGAUUCGUACUUUGAGAAACCCUCGGCAACCCUGUCGCCCGGCGGUUACGUCAUCUGGGCUGGAGACGCUAGUGGCCAGGUGGUUGUGCAAUAUAACGACACCACCAUCUUCGACCGCAACAUCACUCGUGACGACGUCCGCAUCACCAUGAAGGUGUACGUGUCCCGCAUCCUGAUCGGACUGACCGGCGAAGAGUCCGCUCUAAAGGAUAACCCCAAGAAGACGUUAGACACCAACCCCAUGUACAGCCUCACCAUAUCCAAGAGUAUGAAGCUGAAAAACUUCGACCUGCACACAGGCUCAGUUAGGGCCACGUACUUCUGAGAGCACGACGAAUGCACCGCACGGACCAGAAGCCCUCCUCCAGACCCCACAUCGUCCCAUGCACACGGUUCCUGGUCCUACAGUCCCUUUAAACCACCUGCGUGUGAGCAAAUAAACCCUCGUUGAUAG